AUGCUACUUCUCGAUCACUUUGGAGCAACCUGGUUAUUCACGUCAGAUAUCUCGUUAAAGGACGACUACUAUUCUACUGACGACAAUCUUGAGGAUUUUAAAUUUGCUGCUCUAGUAGUACAAUUAGCAUGCGUUGAAAUUCGAUUAAUGUUAGAUGAGGUUUCCGAUAAAUUAGAGAAAAAAGAUUUUAGUUCCGUUGAACGUCACGAAACUAUGUUACCGGCAUGUUACACCAUUUUGGAGAAAUCGAUAGAAUAUUUAUCGCAAGUUGAACGCCUGUUGGAUUUUGAUGACAAAAAGGAUUCCGCGGAUCUUACUAAACUCAAGUUGGAUCCGGAAUUAUUAUUACGCUUGAGGAGCACGAUGAUUGAAACAUUUAGAAUUAUUAUGGAAUACUUGUUGAAUGUCAAAGAUGUUAUGAGCUCAAUCGAAUCGAUUUUGGAGGAUAAAAUGUUGAUGGCGAGUAUUCGUGUCCUUUCUGUCUGGCUUGCUGAAGAAGGAUCUCUUGAAAAAGAGGCCGUUGCAGUGAUCCCUUUUUUGAUUGAUAUGUGCCGCCGUAGUUUUGAAGCUCGUUCGGAGGUGAACCUCAUCAAGAUGCUGACACCAGCUUUCUUGAAUCUCUCAUCACAGGAUCAACCGCGCUCAACUUUUUACUUCCAUGGGGGACACCUUUUGAUGAUUGACUAUAUAGUUGAAUUUUGGGGACAUACUAAAGUCAAGGGCUAUAUAACAAAUGUGAUGGUCGAUAAUUUAUUAGGUCCAUUUCAAGUGUUAAUAAAUAUUGUAGUCUCGGAUAAAGAAGAAUUGGUUACGCGGAAUGAAAAAGAACUCAUAUCAGUUAUCAAUAUCGGACACCAAAUAUUGAGGGUCCUAGCUCAAAAGUUAAGAUCAGAAGGUUACCCUUCUUCACAAGAAAAUCAGUCAAUACUUUUAGCAAAUGUUUUGCUGUUAUGCCUUCUUAUCAUAUCUGGAAUAUCACCCUCUUCUGAUUUACUUGAAAAGGAGAUGGUUUUUAGCUUCAUAGAUAUGGCUACGGCUUAUUAUCUGGAUCAAAAUAAGUUGUUUUCUCAGGAUAGCUCUCGGGAGCAUUUAAAAGAGUUGACCUUUUUGGGCCAACAG